AUGGAGCAACCGGCGAGAAAGAGGCCAGGACACAGACCUCUAGAGACUUGCGGCGGCGCGAUGCUCGCGACGGUCCGCGUCGUAUACACGAGAACCCAGACUCCGAAGAAUCCGGCCUCUUACUUUCUCCAGAAACUCUACAAAUCUCUCAUCUUCCUCGUUUCCCUCACAAGUCCCAUCCACCGCCACUUGCUAGCGAUUCUCUCUAUCGCAGACGAUCACAUCCUCGCGUUCCAAGACACGAUCGAAACCUACUUCCCUUCCUCCACCUCCGCCUUCCUCAAAAUCUCCGAUCUGCUCACCAUCGCGGAGAGAUUCCCCAACAAACUCGACGGAUUCCUCAAGAAACUUCCCGGAUUGAUGAGCAGAGCCGCGUGGAUCGACUGGAUGCUGAUUCACGCCAUCUACUGGCUUGGCUCUCUAGUUAACCUGUUAGGUCGUUGGAGAGAUAAGAACAAGGGGACGAGUGAGAAAGAGAUCACGGUGGAUAAAAGCUUUAGCAGAUCAGGAUCGUCUAUCUCUGAGGAAGAAGAAGAGAAGAAUAGAUUGGAGAAGAAAGCAACGUAUAAAGAGGCUUUACAAAGAGGAAGCAGCGGAGAAGACGGCGGAGGAAGCACCGGCCGCAGCAGUCGUGGCGAUCCGAUAUUGGAGCUGUUUGAGAAUGGUUGGAUCCAGAAUCCUAUCAAAAGAAGUAGUAAAAGCGCCGAUUCUCUCACCUUCUCGCGUUCUGAUUCAUACGAGACUUCGACCUGA